AUGUUUACAAAUACACUCGGAGCAUAAAAUGGAUUGCCAUAACAAUAAUAAUAAGGUUUGGCAGGACAGAGUGCUUUAGUUUUCGGUAAUUCUGGUGUUUCCAACAAUAUUUUUGGGUAAACACAACAAAUGACUGCACCAAUAGGAUAAGCCUAAAAUUAAGGAGUUUUUGGAUAAUAACCAAAUUAACUCAAUUAACCUCUAUUAUAUGGAGGAUAACCAUAAUAACCAACAAAUUUAUUAUAAUAACCUUAAGGGUAGUAAAUGGGCACUUUAGGUCAAUAGACCGCAUAAUUUGGAUAAGUAUAAUAAUCAGGAUUUCUUGGAUAGCAAUCAACAUUACAAGGAGGAUAGAUGGGAUAAAUGUAAUAACAACAAUAACUUUAGUCAUAAUAGCCAUAAUAAUAAUAAUAACAAUAAUAAUAAUAAUAAUAACAAUAGAAUAAACAUUAUACCAUUUAACAAAUUAAAAAUGAGACUUAAAAACAUAUUGAUAACCUUACAAAAACUAUCAUAAAUAAAGAGAAAAUUGAAAAAAAUUAAAAAAAUUUAUAGCUAAUCGAAAAAAAUUCUCUUAGGAAUAUUUAGUAAUAAUAACAAUAAUAACCUCAGGUAAAUCCAUCAAUUGGAUAUGGAAUACCACAAUAAUAAAUAUAAAGACCAAUCCAAAAGGUUGAUCCUCGAAAUCAUACAGCUAAAGUUGAAAAAUAUUAUGGAGAAUGGAAUAAGACAAUUUCAAGGAUUUCUCAAAAACAAGGAGAAACUAUUAAUCAAUUGAACGAGUUAAAUAUUCUUCUAUCCCAAUAAGACACAUAUUAUGAUAUAGAUGAAGAGUCAUUGAUAGAUUCAAUAAAAUAAUUGGGAAAAGAACUUAAUUCAUUGGAAUACAAGAUUGUAGAUGUUGUAAAAUUGUAGGAGAAAAUAUUAGGCCUAGAAAAAGAGGAAUCUGAAUGGGAUUAAAUUGUUGGCAAUUUAAGCGAAUGUCUCACUCUUUUAGAAAUUCAAACUAAAGAAGUUGAAGAUCAAUUGCACCAAGCAGAGACUCAUCCAAAAGUAUUAAACAAAUGAAAUGAAUUUUACUCAUAAAUAUUU